AUGGUUCGCCCCGUCAACCCGUCAACACUUUUCCACCUCGAGCCGGCUGAUGAGAGAACGAGAGAUAUCACCAAUCACCAAGACAAUGCCCCUUUCAUCUCCAUGAGCUCCGAAGGCCAGCCAUCUCUUGAAAUCGGCUACCAUGUAUCGUCGCGGCCCCGCGGGGGUCGCAUCAUCGCCAAGCUCGGCCGUGGUACUGAGGCAGACCUAGUUCUGCUGGCCAAGAACAUCGCCCUGGUCCACAUCGCCUUCGAGGUUCAUCCCGAAUCUGGCGCGAUCCUUCUCUGCGUCCGUGCUGACAAGAUUCGCUCCGUCACGGUCCACCCUCGCGGGCUGAGACCCGACGGCGAUUUCCGCCAGCUGGUCUUAGUCCCAGGGGAGCGUGCCAUCGACUUGGACUCUGGGCACUUGAUCGCGGCCAAACGCGUCAUUCCCAGGAAUGAAAGGGAACGGGCGAGGCUCCACAGGGAAAUCAAAACAAUGGCGACGCUAGACCAUCCACAUGUCAUCGACUUUCUUGGCUGGGGAGAAAUACCGGGCAAUCCAGACGGUGUUCGAAUCUUUUUGCCACUCCGGCAUGGGAAUUUCCUCGACCUCAUCUCUCUGCUCAAGAAGCCAGAGGAGCCUUUCAUUUUCCAGGUUGCCUUUGAGAUGCUAUCGGCUCUAGAUUACUUGGCCUUGCGCAACCUAUGCCACCGAGACGUCAAGCCGGCCAAUAUCCUUUGCGAAAGGAAGAAUGACGGUACAUACAUCUUUCAACUUUCUGAUUUUGGGCUUGUCGACCACCAACAACUCGCUCAGUCGGUUUGCGGAACUAGCGUUUUCACGGCCCCUGAGGUUCUUGACGGUGGUGGCUUAGAGAAGAGUCACCAGUCUCCAAAGAUGGACGUGUGGUCUCUCUUUGUCACGCUCGCUGGCAUCAUGACUUGGACCGACUUUGACCAAGACAAACUCGACGACUUCACCUCCCACUCGCAGCCUCUUGACGCCCGCCGCAGGUGUUCCGGCACCGAAACGCUGGGAGAACCGGCAGGCGGCGUCAUCGCCACCAGCAUCGGAGCCAAGGACUGCAUUCACUUCGAGUCCAUCGACAGUCAGAGUAGCCCCCCCAACACCGUCGCGGCGUCGGCAUCCCUACGAAAGGAUGUCCAUGGUAAGAACUCGCGCGAUGCGGCAACGAGAGUGGCGAGAUAG